UAUUAUUGGCUACCGUUGGCCCGCAGUAACAGAACUAAUUCCACUUCUCAACUCAAGAGAGUAGAGCUUGUAAGCUCUAUACAUGCUGACGCUAAAGUAAAGGAAUAGACACCCAGCAUGAAAUAAGUUUGUAUGGUUGAAAGAAACGGGUAAAAAGAAAGAAAGGAGAAAGGGGAAGACUGUACAGUUUGUACAAUAAAUCUGACUUUACAACAAUAUGUUACAACCUUUUAGCCUUGCUCGGCAAGGAUUGGGAGGUUGCUGUCUUUCUGUUGUGAUAUAUAUAUUGGCCUAUUUUCCAGUUACCCACACUGCCACAGUUCAACUGCCACCAGGUGGUGUAAAUAUAUUAGAUGCUGUUAAGAUAGAAGAAUCGUUAGGAGUGACGCGUGUAGAAGGUAUUUGUUAUGAUAGACCAAAAUUUGAUGGAGGACCAAGAGAUGAAACUAAUCCAGAUACUGCCUGGAGGAUAGAUGAAAAUACAGAUAUCAGUAUAGGAUUACCUGAUGCUUUUCAAAAGGGAUUUCCUACUGAUUUUUCUAUUCUUGCUACAAUCCGACCUGAUGAGGGAGUGAAAGGAAAAUUAUUUUCAAUUUUAAAAGAUUCAACAGGAGAUGAAAUUAUGUCUCUCAGUGUUGGUAAAAAACCUAAAUUUAGUUAUGCAGGUGGUGAUAUAAAUCCAGGCAGAUCUUCACCAGUUUUACCAAUAGGAGUGAAUGAUGGACUAUGGCACCGAAUAGCUUUAAGCGUUAAAGGUAAAAAGGUCUCUUUAGUGCAUAAUUGUGAAGAGAAAUUUUCCUAUACCUUAAACAGUUCUUCAUCUUCCAGAAUGCCAAAAAGUGGCAUCAUGUUCCUUGGAAGCAGUGAUUUUGAUGAAUUUUCAUUCACUGGAGAUGUACAAGAUUUAUAUGUUUUACCAGAUCCAGGAGCAGCUUUUGAUCAUUGUGAAUAUUAUAACCCUUCUUGUGAUAUGGCAUUUCCUUCAUUUAACAUGUCUGGUGGAGGUUUUGGAGCAGGUGGUGGAUUUGAAAUGGGAGGUGGAGCAGGUGGUGGUGGUGGAUUUGAAUUUGGAGGAGAAGGAGGUGGAUUUGAAAUGGAAGGAGGAUCAAUGGGAGGUGGUGGAGGAGGUGGAUUUGGAAUGGGAGGUGGUGGAGGAGGUGGAUUUGGAAUGGGAGGUGGUGGAGGAGGAGGAGGAGCAGUAAGAGGAUUUGGUGAAGUAAUAUCCACAGAUUUAGCCUACAGAUUUGGCCCCCCUGGACCACCUGGACCUCGAGGUCCUCCAGGUCCACCUGGACCUAAGGGAGGUCAGGGUAUUCCUGGUCGUGAUGGUAGUCAUGGUGCUAAUGGAUUACCUGGACCACCUGGACAUGUUUUUGUUAUUCCAUUGAACAAUGAUCAGAAGGCUGGUGCUAGUCAAGCUCAAGCAUUCCGUACCAUGCUCAGUCAACAUAUGCUGGCCAUGAGAGGAGCUCCAGGAGCUAUGGGUAUGACUGGUCUUCCUGGUAGAUCAGGAGCUAGCGGUAUUGAUGGUGGUAAGGGAGACAAUGGAAACCCUGGUGAACAGGGUCCAAUUGGUCCUAUUGGAAUGCCUGGUUUACCAGGACCUUCUGGUAAAAGAGGUCGCUCUGGUUCCGAUGGAGAUCGAGGUCCAGUUGGUGAACCUGGAGGUAAGGGUUUACCUGGUUUCCCCGGUAUGCCCGGUUUACCUGGUGAAAAAGGACACAGGGGCUUUUCUGGUCAACCUGGAGAAGUUGGUCCACCAGGUCAUGAUGGUGAACAGGGCGAUGCUGGUGAACCAGGACCAAUGGGAGCUCCUGGUGAGAUGGGAUUGAGAGGCUUUAUGGGACCAAGAGGAAGAGUUGGUGCUGUCGGACCACCAGGUAUGCCAGGAUCAGAAGGUCCAGAAGGACCCAAAGGAAACCGGGGAAAUGUUGGAGCCCCUGGUGCACCUGGCCAAGCUGGCAAUGCUGGAGCUACUGGACCCCCCGGACCUGUGGGGCCACUCGGUCCUCCAGGCAUUCCUGGUGCUGCCGGUAAACCUGGAUUACCCGGUUUACCUGGCCCCGUCGGACCAGUAGGUUUAUCUGGUACUCCUGGUGAACCUGGACUCAAGGGUGAUAACGGACCUCGAGGUGUAAAUGGUUUGGUAGGAUAUCCUGGUUCUCGUGGUGUUAAGGGUGAUUCCGGUUCUAGAGGCUUAAUGGGAGAUAAAGGUGAUAAGGGUAAUCCUGGUCUAGAUGGAGAGAGAGGAUUUGUUGGAUCUAAAGGUGAUAAAGGACCUAAAGGUGUUCGAGGUUUACCUGGAAUAGAAGGCAUUGAAGGACCAAAGGGAGAUUACGGUCCACCUGGUGAAGCUGGUUUGACAGGAGUUCCCGGAGAGAAAGGUCGUAUUGGUAUUCCUGGUUUCCCUGGUUAUCCAGGACCAAGUGGAGAGAAGGGUGAACGAGGUCGACCUGGUCGUCGAGGUAGAAGAGGUGCUAGAGGUAAAAAUGGUUUAGUUGGACCAAUGGGAGAGAGAGGAGAAAUAGGACCAAGAGGGCAGAAUGGAGAACGAGGCAAACAAGGUAUACCCGGCCCACCAGGUGUUAAAGGUGAUGUGGGUAAUCCUGGACCUCCUGGAUUUAGUGGUGAAGCUGGUAUUCAAGGUCCACCUGGACCACAGGGUAACACUGGACCUCCUGGAUCUUCUGGUUUACCUGGUAAAGAUGGUUUACCUGGACCUUCCGGUGAUAGAGGUGAAGCUGGACUACCUGGUAAUCCUGGUCAACCUGGUCCUGUGGGUGUCAUGGGUCCACCUGGUCAAUCUGGUGAACCUGGUACAUCUGGAGAAAGAGGUGCCCCUGGUAUUCCUGGACAACCAGGUGAAAUGGGUUUACCUGGUUCUGAAGGUAAAAGAGGAGAAACUGGUCCUGCCGGUCCGAUGGGUGUACCUGGUCCCCCUGGUGCUAGAGGAGGUAAUGGUAACACUGGUGAUCGAGGUUAUCCUGGACCCCCUGGUAAAGAUGGUGAGAGAGGUGAUCCGGGAUCUGUCGGACCUAUGGGUCCACCUGGUGAAAAAGGAGCACAAGGAGAAACUGGUGCUAGUGGUCCUAUGGGAGCAAUGGGUAUAUCAGGAUUACCUGGUAAUCAAGGCAAGCGAGGAGCAAAGGGUGAUCAGGGUAGAGAAGGUGUAAGUGGUGAACCUGGUCCACAAGGACCACAAGGACCUAGAGGUUAUAGAGGUUCACCUGGACCAACUGGUUCCCCAGGUCUAGAUGGUGAUAAGGGAGAUACUGGUCCACCUGGCGAAAGAGGAUUUAAGGGUGAUCAUGGAGCUAUGGGUCCACCUGGAUCUCAAGGUACACAAGGUUUGCAAGGUCCACCAGGAGGUAUGGGCCCACCAGGGUCUCCAGGCCCUAGAGGUGUUCAGGGCGUUCCAGGUUCAAAGGGUUCAGAGGGUCCAAGAGGUUUACCAGGACCAACUGGAUUACCGGGUCUACAGGGCAUGCCAGGACCACCAGGUCCCAAAGGAGAAUUUGGUGAUCCAGGAAGAAAGGGCCCACAAGGUGCUACUGGUCCUUCUGGUAAUCCUGGUCCUAGUGGGACUCCUGGUAGUCAAGGUUUGCCUGGUGCACCUGGUCCUGAAGGUCAGAUGGGAGAGAAAGGAGAUCAAGGUGAUACUGGUGCUUCUGGUAUUCCAGGUAUUGAUGGUGAAAUGGGUGGUCCUGGUGGCCCAGGACCUAAAGGUGAUGAUGGUCGACAAGGUAAACAAGGAGAACCUGGUCCACGUGGACCUCGUGGAGCUGAAGGAGAUAAGGGUCAUGCUGGAGCAGUAGGACCAAUUGGACCUCAAGGUGAACCUGGUGAGCCGGGUCAAAAGGGUGAACCAGGUAUUCCUGGUGAAGAUGGUGAUACUGGUCUUAUUGGUGCAAUGGGUCCUCCAGGUCCUCAUGGUGAGCCUGGAUUACCAGGUCUUCCAGGAAAACAGGGAAAUACCGGAACUCCAGGUUUACAAGGAUCUGUAGGAGAACCAGGAUCAAAAGGUGAUCGUGGUUUACCUGGACCUAUGGGACAGAGAGGCGCACCUGGACCUGUUGGACCAGUCGGACAACCUGGUCCACCUGGACCUGCUGGACAACCUGGACCUGUUGGUGAACCUGGUACCCCUGGUCCAGGAGGUAUGCCUGGAGAACAAGGAACUGAGGGACCUGAUGGACCAGCAGGACCUAAGGGUAACCAAGGACCAAAGGGAGUAAAGGGACAUCGUGGACCCAUUGGUCCUAUGGGACCAAUUGGUAAUCCAGGACCUAAAGGUGAACCAGGACCUAAAGGACCACCUGGACCUAAAGGAGAUAAGGGUGACAUGGGUAAACGAGGACCAGAGGGACCUAGAGGUAUUGAUGGUGCUCCUGGUUUAACUGGUGCUGUUGGUGCAGUUGGACCCAAGGGAGAACCUGGUGAGACUGGAGCUAAAGGAGAUGCUGGUGCUACUGGACAACAAGGAGAACCUGGUCCUCCAGGUGAUGCCCAAAUGGUUCCUGCCGAUUUUGGUGCCGCAAAUACAGGGGCCAAGGCUAGCAAACGUCGAAGAAGAAGACGUCGACGACGAUCUGUUGAAGAUUUCGAUCUUCAGACAGACAUGAGGCAGGCUGUACAAACAUUAAUGUCAGCAGGAGAGGCUAAUGGAAGUAAAACGGAGGCUAGGAAAGUAAUGAAGGAAGUUGUUCGUGUUGUCGUACGUCAUGUUGAACAAAUGGAAGAAUCUAUUCAUAAAUUACGCUACCCACCAGGCACCAGGGAAUAUCCUGCCUCAUCGUGUAGAGAAAUUCAUGAUGGAUAUCGUCAUUUUAAAAAUGGCUGGUAUUGGAUAGAUGCUAAUCAAGGUUCACAUAUGGAUGCUAUCAAAGUGUGGUGUAAUUUAACAGGAUCUCAAGAAACUUGUAUCUACCCAAAACGAAAUAAAAAUAUGAUAAAAGAACAAUUUUGGCCGAAACAGGGUGACAAAUUAAAAUGGUUCAGUCAACUUAAUGGUGGAUUUACAAUUAAAUAUAUUGACAAACAUUUAUUGAAAUUUCUACGUCUGGAAAGUGUAGAAGUUUAUCAGAAAUUUAAAUUCUUCUGCUCUGGUUCAGUUGCUUGGUAUGAUCAAGUUGCUAAAGGUUAUGACAAUGCUUUAAUAUUACAAGGUGAAAACAACCAUGAGUUUAAGACCAAACAAUUAAAUGUGAACCGUAUAAUACAUGAUGGCUGUAGAGAUCGAAGGCAAAAUGGUUACACAGAGUUUAUGUUAAAAUCGAAAAAUUUGUAUAGACUUCCAAUAGUAGAUUUCUUACCGCAGGACUAUGGCAAUCCUUGGCAGAUGUUUGGAUUUGAAGUUGGUCCAGUUUGCUUUCGUUAAUAAUUGUUAACAUUAGUUUAAUCUUUAAUUAUUCUGGCUAAUGUUUAGUCCUCUGAAAUUGUGAUAAGAUCUCAAAACAGUUUCAUACUUUCCGUCCAUUUAACUAGAGUUGAAACAAUUUUAGUCUGGUUAAUUUUAUUUUUUUUUUCAAAUUUGAUUGUUAUUACUUGUAAUAAUCUAUAUUAUCAUAAUCAUUGUAAAUCUGAUAUGGUCAUGACUCAUAUUGUUUUUUCUAAAAACAUCAAUUUAUUUUUUUUUCAAACGUGGAGAUAUUCUUUUAUACCAUUUACUCGGCGCGCUGAAGAAUUUCAUUAUUAUCUGAAAGUGGCAAUAAUCGUUAAUAUAACUUAACCAAAUGUAGUUUUUUUUUUUACAAAGGCCAAUUUAUCUGUAAAAAUAUAGGUUAAUAUAAUAUAAAUGUACAGAGUACUAAGAUUGCCAUUUCAAAUUAUAAUAAUAAAAUUCUUCUUGUUAAAUCUGUACAAAGAUUUAACCUGUUAGCUAGAAUUGGGAAGGGUGCAAAUCUAUGAAUCAUAAUCAGUGAUGUCUUCAUUUUUGUAUCGCUUUUAAAUUUUAUCGUCAAUAUUAAAAUUAUCUUCUGAA